ACUGGCCACCUCGCCUGCCUGCAGUGGCUGCUCUCGCAGGGCGGCUGCGGAGUGCAGGACAAAGACAGUUCUGGUGCCACAGUCCUGCACCUGGCUGCGCGCUUCGGCCACCCGGAGCUGGUGGACUGGCUGCUGCGUCAUGGCGGAGCGGACCCCGCCGUGGCCACAGAAACAGGCGCUCUGCCUGCGCAUUAUGCUGCCGCCAAAGGAGACUUCCCCUCCCUGAGGCUUCUCAUCGGGCACCAUCCUGAGGGAGUGAAUGCCCAAACCAAGAACGGUGCCACGCCCCUGUACCUGGCGUGCCAGGAGGGCCACCUGGAGGUGACGCAGUACCUGGUGCAGGAGUGCGGCGCGGACCCGCACGCGAGCGCCCACGACGGCAUGACCCCGCUGCACGCGGCGGCGCAGAUGGGCCACAGCUCGGUCAUCGUGUGGCUGGUGAGCUGCACCGACGUGAGCCUGUCGGAACAGGACAAGGACGGCGCCACGGCCAUGCACUUCGCGGCGAGCCGCGGCCACGCCAAAGUGCUCAGCUGGCUCCUGCUGCACGGCGGCGAGAUCUCGGCCGACCUGUGGGGCGGGACCCCGCUGCACGACGCCGCUGAAAACGGGGAGCUGGAGUGCUGCCAGAUCCUGGUUGUGAACGGCGCGGAGUUGGACGUCCGCGACCGCGACGGGUACACGGCCGCCGACCUCUCGGACUACAACGGCCACAGCCACUGCACCCGCUACCUGCGCACCGUGGAGAACCUGAGUGUGGAGCACCGUGUCCUGUCCCGGGACCCGUCCGCUGAGCUGGAGGCCAAGCAGCCUGACUCUGGCAUGUCUUCACCCAAUACCACCACGUCGGUGCAGCCGCUGAACUUUGACCUCAGCUCGCCCACCAGCACCCUCUCCAACUAUGAUUCCUGCUCCUCCAGCCAGUCCAGCGUCAAGGACCAGCGCCCCCCACGCCGGCUUCCCAGCUCAAGAGCUGCAGAUAUACAAAACUACAUGAACAUGCUGAGUUCGGAGCUGGGCCGGCCCCGGGGCAAGAUGGAGAGAACCACACCACUGCCACCACCGCCCAGCUUCCCUCCGCCGCCCCCACCCCCGGGCACCCAACUGCCCCCACCCCCACCAGGCUACCCAGCUCCCCAGCCCCCCGUGGGGCCACAUGCAGCUGACAUCUAUAUGCAGACCAAGAGCAAACUCCGCCACGUGGAGACGGAGGCCUUCAAGAUGGAGCUGAGCUCCCGCGACGGCCGCAACGGGCUGAGGAGGCAGGACUCCGGCCGCAAGCCCCGCGCCUUCAGCAAGCAGCCCAGCACGGGGGACUACUACCGGCAGCUGGGCCGCUGUCCCGGGGAGCCGCUGGCCGCAGGCCCGGGCAUGGCGCACAGCGAGGAGGCGGCGCUGCUCCCCGGGAACCACGUGCAUAACGGCUGCGCCGCGGACCCCAAGGCGUCCAGGGAGCUGCCCCCGCCGCCGCCGCCGCCCCUGCCGGAGGCCCUUAGCUCGCCGCCGCCUGCUCCGCCCCUGCCCUUCGAGGGCGCUGGCCCUGGUUGCGGGCAGCGUCGCUCCUCCUCGUCCACUGGCAGCAGCAAGUCUUUCAACAUGAUGUCCCCCACGGGUGACAACUCCGAGCUACUGGCUGAGAUCAAGGCGGGCAAGAGUCUGAAGCCGACGCCGCAGAGCAAGGGGCUGACCACGGUGUUCUCGGGCAGCGGGCAGCCUCUCUCCCAGGCGGACUCGCCGCUGCCUCAGGCGUCGCCGGCGCCUUCACGGGCCCGCAGCCCCACCCCGCCGGCCGCCGGGCCCCAGCCUCUGCUCAACGGCAGCGUGGCGCCGGCGCCGCCCGCCACCCCGGCGCCAGGCGUGCAGCUCGACGUGGAGGCGCUCAUCCCCACGCACGACGAGCAGGGCCGGCCCAUCCCGGAGUGGAAGCGGCAGGUGAUGGUGCGGAAACUGCAGCUGAAGAUGCAGGAGGAGGAGGAGCAGAGGCGGAAGCUGACGGCCGCCAGCUCGUGCUGCUACCCCCGCGAGGGCUGGAGGUACUCCAGCGCGCACAACGCCAUCCUCGGGCCCUUCGGCGAGCUCAUGACCGAAGCCGACAUCCUCCGCAUCGAGCAGCAAAUCGAGAACCUGCAGGUGUUGCACAAGGCGCAGAAGCUGGAGGCGCGCCUGGAGCAGCUGGAGCUGGAGCUGGAGCAGCUGCUGCCGAUCUCGGCCGCCCUUUCGGCGCCGCGCUUCACCGUCGAUCCGCGCCGCAUGCACGGCCGCGCCGUCAGCCUGCCUGCCUGGUGCAGCAAGAUCUCAACGCUGCUCAAGAGCAUGGCCACGCUGCUGGCCGCGCUGGGCGGCCGGCCCGCGCACCUGGUGCCGGCACGCCCGCCGUGCGGCUCGGGCCUAGCGCACGGCCUGUACUGGCCCGAGCACUUCCUGCCGCCCCUCGACGGCGGCGCGCCCCCGCGCUACGACAGCCUCACGCUCGACCUCUUCAUGCUCGGCUACUUCCAGCUGCUCGAGAUGGGCCUGAGCCGUGAGGAGCGCAAGUUCCGCCACCUGCUGUGCUACGAGAUGUUCGACCGGCUGGGCAGCCACCCGUGGGAGCUCAUCCGCCUCUUCCACCGCGUGGUGCUCGAGCAGGUGGAGGCUGGCCGGCGCAGCUGGAGCGACGGCUUCGAGGACCUCAGGCGCCAGUUUUUUGGAGAUAGCCCGGAGGCCGAGCCAGCCCGGGAAGAUGAGGCCGUGAAGGAGCAAGAGGAGGAGAAAAGAGAAGAGGAGGAGGAGAGGGAGCCGGCGGAAAAGGUCGCUUCGGCUCCGAUGGUGGACUGGCCAGAGGGGCAGCCCGAGGCCCCAGCUCCUGCACCGCAGCCCCCGACCCCACCUCCGCCGGCCGCUCCUCCCCCCACAUGGGACCCUCCUAGUUCCGAAGCCCCUGCCGAAGAUCCCCUGGAGUUGGUGUCUGAGAUGGGCGAGUUCAGCAACGAGGACAUCUGCCGCUACAUUGACCGCAGCUUCUCCUUCUGGAAGGAGAAGGAGGCAGAGCUCUUUGACAUCUGAGCAGAAUUCGGAAUUUCCCCUCAAGCAUCUUAACACGGGCCUGAAUGCCUGUCUGAUGCCCUCUGGAGGCCAGAAGCCGGCAGGAAGAACCCAGAAGCCAGCAGGGUGGCCUUGGAGAACCCAGUGUGCCCAGGAGGACCGGGCUGCCGCAGCCUUUGAAGCCCCACCAUGGCCAGAUGUGGGGCGGUAGCCAGAAUGGGCAGGGCAGGGCACAGGGCAAACCAGGUGUUCCCCUCUGGCCCUACAAUCUUGCCUGGCUCUGUGUUGGAGCCGGGUGGAAGAAGCAGCCCCUCCGAGUGAGGGACCGUGGCCCCCCUUGGGGCAGUGUGGCGCUCCUCUCUUUGGUUUUUCACUGGAAUUCACAGCUACUUCUUUGAGGUCAAGGGAGCCACGUGUGUCGUGUUCCGUGUGAUGUGUUCUCCUCUGUAAACCUCCAAGUAAUAAAGCUCUUUG